AUGUCUAACAUCUUGAACAUUGGAGGCGAGCCGAUCUUUGACGACAGCAUCGUCAAGAUUGAGAUUCACACAUACAAUCUGUACGCCAAUACCACUUUUAGAUACAGCGACGAAAUAAGGAUACCCAUACAACAACAGGAUUUAUACACGUUACCAUGUGAAAGUUUUCUCUAUGUCGAAGGAAGAUUGGUGAUGAAGAAGAAAGACGAUAAGGAUAAGAAUAAAAAUGUGAUAAAUCUCAGAAAUAAUCGCGUGGCGUUCAUGUUUGAUGAAAUUCGAUAUGAACUCAACGAUGUGGAAAUUGAUCGGAACAGAAACGUUGGAAUAACCAGCACCCUCAAAAACUAUGUCUCAUUAUCAUAUGACAAAGCAGUAAUUAUGCAGAAGGCAGGAUGGGAAUUUUUGUAUAACCUACCGGAAGGAUACUUCAACUUUUGCGUACCGCUUAGUGUAUUAUUGGGCUUUUGCAAAGAUUACAAACGCGUGAUUGUUAACGCUCGUCACGAAUUGAUCUUGAUACGAGCGCGCAACAAUAACAAUUCUAUCGUUGGAAAUUCUACAGCUCAAUCGGAAAUUGAAUUAUUUAAAGUGCAGUGGCAAAUGCCGCAUGUUACGUUAAACGAAGUCAACAAAUUAUCUUUGCUGCGAGCUUUGGAAAGUGGACAAUGUCUGAGUAUGAGUUUUCGCUCCUGGGAUCUGUAUGGGUACCCUUUGCUGCAGAGUACGACGAAACAUUCAUGGGCUGUCAAAACUGCAAUUCAGCUCGAGAAACCGCGCUUCGUUAUCUUUGCACUGCAGACAAGUCGAAAAAAUAUCAUGUCUUAA